AUUAGUUUCCACAUUUGCUCAAGCAGCAGCUUCAUAACUUGUGGCUCGCUUCUUAACUAAUCUCCGACGGUUCACGGUCGAGCUGAGCAGAGCUCGGUGAGUGGCGACGGCCGUCGGCCGGCGAUGGGUAUGGCUAAGAUACCGGUGGUGCUUUGGUUACUUGGGGCGGUGUUAGCGCUGGGAGUUUCCGUUAGCCCCGCUCAGGGCGCCAAGACUCGCUACCACGAUUUCUUUAUUAAAGAGAGCAACCACACGAGGCUCUGCAAGGAGAGGACCGUCCUCACCGUGAACGGGCAGUUCCCCGGCCCCGCCAUCUACGCGCGCAAGGGCGACCUCGUCAUCGUCAACGUCUACAACCAAGGCGAUAAAAACAUCACCAUCCACUGGCAUGGUGUUGACCAGCCACGCAACCCGUGGUCCGACGGGCCGGAGUACAUUACCCAGUGUCCCAUCCGCCCCGGCGGCAACUUCACCUACCGGGUCAUCUUAUCCGAGGAAGAGGGUACGCUCUGGUGGCACGCGCACAGCGACUUCGACCGCACCACAGUCCAUGGCGCCAUUGUCAUCCACCCCAAGCUCGGAACCACCUUCCCUUUCAAGAAGCCACACAAAGAGAUACCCGUCAUCCUUGGUGAGUGGUGGAAUGCUGACGUGAACCAUCUGCUCGAGGAGGCGCAGCGGAACGGCGGCGAGAUCAACAUCUCGGACGCGAACACCAUCAACGGACAGCCGGGAGACCUGUUCCCGUGCUCCAAGGCCGGCACCUACAAGAUACCGGUGCAGCACGGCAAGACGUACCUGCUCCGGAUCAUCAACGCGGGGCUCUCCAACGACCUCUUCUUCAGCGUCGCCGGGCACAACCUCACCGUGGUCGGCACCGACGGCCACUACACUAAGCCGUUCGCCGUCAAGCACAUCAUGAUCGCGCCAGGUCAAACCAUGGACGCGCUUCUCGAGGCCAACCGCGCCGAUGGCGGUCGGUACUACAUGGCCGCGAGGACAUUCGCGUCCAACCUCAACAUCGAGGUCAACAACAGCACCGCCACCGCCAUCGUGGAAUACAUGGACGACGCACCGGGACGUAUGGCCCCGCCGGAGUUCCCUACAAACCUUCCGGGCGUCAACGACAUCGACUCGGCGACGGCAUACACGGCGCAGCUCCGGUCGCUGGGCAGCAAGGACCACCCAGUGGACGUGCCGAGGCAGGUCGACGAGCGCAUGCUCGUCACCAUCGCCGUCAACGUGCUCCCCUGCGCGCCCAACGAGACGUGCGGGGGCCCCGACGGCAACCGCCAAGCGGCGAGCCUCAACAACGUCAGCUUCGUGAACCCGUCCGUCGACAUCCUCGGAGCCUACUACCGCUCCGUCCGUGGCGUGUUCGACACAGACUUCCCCAACAAGCCGCCCUUCUUCUUCAACUUCACGGACGUCGACAACGACCCCGUCGAGCGCUGGGCCACCAAGCGCGGCACCAAGGUGAAGGUGGUGGAGUACGGCGCCGUCGUGGAGGUGGUGUUCCAGGACACCUCCAUCCUUGGCGCCGAGAACCACCCCAUGCACCUGCACGGCUUCACGUUCUACGUGGUAGGGAGAGGGUUCGGUAAUUUUGACGAGCAGAAGGACCCGGCCACCUAUAACUUGGUCGACCCGCCGCACCAGAACACCGUCUCCGUGCCCAAAGCUGGCUGGGCCGCAAUCCGAUUCCGCGCGGCGAAUCCUGGUGUCUGGUUCAUGCAUUGCCAUUUUGAUCGCCAUGUGGUGUGGGGAAUGAGCACCGUCUUCAUCGUGAAGGAUGGCAAGGCUCCUGAAGCUAAAAUGAUGCCUCCGCCUCCCAACAUGCCUACCUGCUAAAUAAUCCACAUGCAAAAUGGCGGACAUAUGCAGUACAAUCAAGCCAAUAAAUUGUUUAGUUGACUGAUUUUUAUCAUUGAUUUAUUAUAUUGUUUAUCAUUUAAGCAUAGUGUGUGAAAUACACGGGCCAGCUGAGGCCCAUGUGACUAGAAGUUGAGUUUUCUAUUCGUUUGGCUGGAUGGGAAAAGUAAUUUUCUUUAUUGGGUAAAUGUUCUUGUUGUUCAAUACCUAUAUAUGA